GAAUUCAUCCAUACUGGACCGUCUAGGAGAUCAACAGGCUACCUCUCUCCAGAUGAAGCUGGUAAAGCUAGCUCUAGGAUGUCGCGUUCGACCUCCGUCGCAGAGUCCAACGCGAGUUCGCUGCACAGCGUGUCGGACGUCUCUCGGAGUGUGUCGCCGAAUGCCAGCGAAAUGGCCAAGUACGGACGCAAGAACGAUGACAACACCUGGUCAUGCAUUUUUCCAGGGUGCUCUUCCAAAUCAACGUUCAACCGUGGUUGCGAUCUUAGAAAGCAUUACAAGCGGCACACGAAAAGCCUCUGGUGCCGACACGAAGGAUGUCCGCAAGCAACAGAGGGUGGUUUCUCGAGCAAGAAAGACCGCGCACGACAUGAAGCCAAGCACAACCCUAGCAUUGUUUGCGAGUGGGAAGGAUGUGAACGACUGUUCAGUCGUCAAGACAACAUGAAAGAUCAUGUCAGACGGGUUCACAAACGCAAG